GCGACGGCGGCGCCGGGCGAGGCGGGCGGGCGAGGCGGGCGGAGCUGGGCGUCUAUGGGGCGGGCGGCGGUGGGGGGGCCGCUGUGCAGCGCCGGCAGCCGCGGGCUGGUCUCCCUGCUGGGCGCCGUCCCGUGCCUGGCCUGCAAGGAGCCCCCGCCGCCUGCCCGGGUCCCGCUGGCCGCCGCCGCCGCUGCUGCCAUGAGCCUGGCCGGGGAGAGCUGCCCCGUUGCCGCCGCCGUUGCAGCCUCCGGCGCGGACACCCACCGCGGCUGGCUCUUCAAGUGGACCAACUACCUGAAGGGCUACCAGCGCCGCUGGUUCGUGCUCAGCAACGGGCUGCUCAGCUACUACAGGACUCAAGCGGAAAUGGCUCACACCUGCCGGGGGACCAUCAACCUGUCCAUGGCUCACAUCGAUACCGAGGACUCUUGCAAUAUUGUCCUUUCUAACGGCGGAAGGACCUACCACUUGAAAGCCAGCUCGGAAGUGGAACGGCAACGGUGGGUCACGGCCCUGGAGCUUGCCAAGACCAGGGCCAUCCGAAUCAGGAGCAACCAAUCAGAUGACUCGGGCGACGACGAGGAAUCCGCCUCGCACGAAUCCGACAAGAGCGAAGUGCACGGCACCUUGAAAUACCUCUCCGGGAAACUGGAUGACCUCAGCGCUUUCAACGACUUGAUCUCCAAGCACGGGGCGGCUCUCCAGAGAUCCCUGAGUGAGCUGGAGAACCUCAAGUUGCCGGCCGAGAGCGGAGAAAAGAUCAAAGCCGUCAACGAACGAGCCACCCUCUUCAGGAUCACCUCCAAUGCUAUGAUAAAUGCCUGCCGGGACUUUCUGGAUCUUGCAGAGGCGCACAGCAGAAAAUGGCAACGGGCCCUCCAGCAUGAAUGUGAGCAGCGCAUCCGCCUGGAGGAGACCAUCGAACAGCUGGCCAAGCAGCACAACAACUUAGAACGGGCUUGUCGGGGGGCGCCCAGCCUCUCUGUGAACCCCGCUGCUCACGCGUCCCAAGGAGGAAGCGUGCAGAGUGGAAAAGGAGAGCCCAGUGAUGAAGAUGAGGAGACGGAGUACUUUGAUGCUAUGGAAGACGCUCACACUGUCAUCACAGUAGCUGCAGAGCCUUCAAAACUUCACCGGCGCACCAGCAGCAACAUUAGUGUAGCCAGUGAGGGCCGUUCGGACGAUUGGAACUUGGGCGAUAGCGUGUUCGAGACCUCCACUCACACAGGCCUUGUUUCUUCAAGCAAGUAUGGGGUCGCCCCCAAGAAGAGGCGUACUCAGAUCCCAGACAAGCCCAACUACAGCCUUAACCUCUGGAGCAUCAUGAAGAAUUGCAUCGGUAAAGAACUUUCCAAGAUCCCCAUGCCUAUCAACUUCAACGAACCCCUCUCGAUGCUGCAGAGGCUGACGGAGGACAUGGAGUACCACGAGUUGCUGGACAGAGCGGUCAAGUGCGAGAACGCCAUCGAGCAGAUGUGCUUCGUGGCCGCUUUUUCAGUGUCUUCCUACUCGACCACUGUCCAACGAACCGCCAAGCCCUUCAACCCGCUCCUGGGCGAGACCUUCGAACUGGACCGCCUGGAAGAGCUCGGCUUCCGAUCGCUCUGCGAGCAGGUGAGCCAUCACCCCCCAGCAGCUGCUCAUCACGUCUACUCCCGGCGAGGCUGGACGCUGUGGCAGGAGAUCACCAUUGCCAGCAAGUUCCGUGGCAAAUACCUUUCCAUCAUGCCACUGGGCACCAUCCAUCUCGAAUUCCACUCCAGUGGCAAUCACUACAUCUGGCAAAAAGUCACAUCCACGGUUCACAAUAUUAUUGUGGGGAAGCUCUGGAUUGACCAGUCCGGUGACAUAGAAAUCCUCAACCACAAAUCAAAAGACAAAUGCCAUUUGAAAUUUACACCCUACAGUUACUUCUCCAGAGAUAUCCCCCGGAAGGUGACAGGGGUGGUGAUGGAUGCCGAUGGCAACGAGCGAUACGUUAUGUCCGGCACGUGGGACGAGAAGAUGGAGUGUUCCAAGAUCAUAGAAGCCACCCAGGGAAACUCCAUUUCGGAAGGCAAGCUUCCGAAAACGGUCUACCAGACCUUGUCCCCCAAGGUCCUGUGGAAGAAAUACCCCCUCCCGGAGAACGCGGAAAACAUGUACUUCUUCUCCAAACUGGCGCUGACCCUCAACGAGCCGGAAGACGGCGUCGCUCCCACGGACAGCCGCCUGAGGCCCGACCAGAGGCUAAUGGAGAACGGCAAAUGGGACGAAGCCAACACAGAGAAGCAGCGGCUGGAAGAAAAGCAACGGGCAGUACGCCGCCACCGGGAAGUCGAAGCAGCUGGCGCGCUGGCAGAAGGUAAGGACUACAAAGGCUACAUCCCGCUGUGGUUUGAGAGGAAAGUCGACCCGGUGACAGGGGAGCUGAUGUGCGUGUACAAGGGCGGCUACUGGGAGAGCAAGGAGAAGCAGGACUGGAGCCAGUGUCCCAGCAUCUUCUGAGCUGGGCUCGUUGAGUGCCGGGCGAAGCUUCCGCAGUCAGCGGCGGGAUGGAAGGGCCAGUUGCUGAUGAAGUGCCCCUUGGGGUAGCCCCCCCACCCCUCCGCGUCCCCCUCCCCAGCCGCCUGUCGGAGAAUCGCGCAGAGAUUCAAAUAAAUCCCGAAUUGAAAACAAACAAACAAACAAACACAAAAGCAAAGAAAAACAAAAACACAACCAAACAAAAACAAAAGAGUAAGACGAGGCAAACCAAACAGGGAUUCAAAAAAAAAAAAAAAAAAAGCUAUUUUUAUGCACUAAUAAAAUGGCGUAUGAUUUUUUUAAGUGACUUUUUUAAGCUUACCAAUUAGGAUUGAGACACAACGGGAGGUGUGUUUUUUUUUUUUGUUAGCCAGGGUUGUUUUUUUUGUUUUUUUUCUCCUUUAAAAAAAUAAUAAUAAUAGUAAAUCCUGUCUCUGGGGUGGCACCCAACUUCUCUUUUGAGGCCUCGGUUUCGCUAGCCAGGGCUCUGAGUUCCAAAGAUGCGCCUCUUGUAUCGGAAACGGUGAGCGUUUCUUUCUCCGCCUCCCCUUUGAUUUCUCAUUUCCACGUGGGAAUUAACCCUACUUUUAAUCUGCAGAUAAUCCCUAUACUCCCCCCCCAAGUUGCAGGCAGCUCCAUAGACCCUCUUGGGGGGGACCCUCAAAAUUAAUUGGGGGCAAUGAAAUGCCAGAGGCCGGGGGGUGGGAGGGAGGGUUUAGGGAACCAGUUGUCUUUCUCUGGAUCUUUGGAAACAGCUUGUCCCUUUUGAAGUCUGUCCUUCAACAGGUAGGGAGGGAUUCAAACCCUGGCUCUGUCCACAGCUGAGCUUUCUUUGAAGCCACCACCCUGGAAAUGUAUCAGGGUUGAAAAGCUACCGGUUCAGACCGGUUCAGGAGAACCAGUAGUAAAAAAAAAUUCUACCGGUGCGGGCGAACCAGUAUUUCCGAUGAUCAGCUGGGCGACAAUCAGCUAUAGCUGUCAGGUUCACACCGGUUCAAGCGAACUGGUAGUAAAAAAAUGCUACUAGUUCGGCCGAACCGGUAUUUCCAACGAUCAGCUGUGACGCGUGAUUUAUAUUAGCUAGAAUCGUAGGAUUUCCUGCUUUCUAGCUAAUCUAAAUCAUGCGGCACAGCGGAUUCCCUCCCCCUCGCUGUUCUACUUACCUUUGCAGACUUGGAAGGCUUUAAAAUGUUCCUUUUUUAGCACUGCACGGGCGCGCCUCAGGCACAUGCUCUGUAGCAGAUUUCAGAGGAUUUCACCACUGAAAUGCAUGGCUUUUGAUUUUGAAGACGUAUUAAACCCACGGUGGAGAAAUAUUCCUUACGUUCCCAGGCCGGCUGUAUUUCAAGGAAGGAUUUUUAAGUUACUGGGGUUUUUUUUUCCUCUCGUUUUUUCAACAUUUGGAGAAAACAGGGAAGGCAGCCACAGCAGAACCUGGCUUCCUUCAGGCCUUCCUUCGUUCCGGCUGUUUUUUCCUUUUAUUUGCUUCAGAGAGCUCAGCCCAGGGAGCGCAGGCGAGGAUCUAAUCGCUUAGGCUUCCCCGAUUGGUUGAAUUGGGGCCCGUUUUCGCCUUUCCAGCACUUUGUAAAAUUCCGCUGGUUGGUUCGCACUGUCCCGCUGGCCAAGUUCCCAUCACUAACAUGGAAUAUUUGGAUUUAGAGCGGGCACAUGGAGAGUUGCAGCCUGGGUUAAUGCCCAGCCAGCUCUGGGAUGCCUUGGGCAUAAGCUGCCUUUGCAAACUCGGCCGCCCAGUAUGUAGAAAGCACAUUGGUGCGCGCACUCUCUCGCGCGCGUGCACCAAGAACUCUCUUGCCGUUUUAAGAUCUUUCUCGGGUGAAGGAGAGAAAACCGGUAAGGGUAAAAGAUCCAGCAAAAUGCCCUUCUGGGGUCACCAGCCUAGCUACGUCACGUAGCAAACCAUCCGUUUGCAGCCAGAUGAAUUGAGACAUGUUUCCUCUUUGUCUGUCUCCGCUGCAGACUUUAGCUCCAUCCACCUGGUUGCUCAGAGUUGGCCCCAUGGAGAAGUCUUGCCGGCAGGGGGAUUCUGGGGGCUGCAGCCCCAGUUAAUCCGGGGGACAUUGGCUGCUUGCUCAGAGUUGGUGCACUGGGAUUCUUAGCACAUUGCUGUCUAUGCUAGCUCAGCCCAGGGCACCAGAUCCAGUGUUUCUCAACCUUCAGCGUGGCUAGCCAGGGAAUUCUGGGAGUUGAAGUCUUCCCGUCUUAAAAGUUGCGGAUUCUUGCGAUACGGGUUUGUUUUUUCCCGGGUGUUCCCAGCUGAUCUUUCCCCAGAUCCAGCCUGCUUAGGGGCCCCUUGAAACAUCUGGUGCUUGGAGAAGCCCCCUCCCCUUGAGCACAACAGGACAGGCAACUAAAGCCCCCCCUCCCGAGUGAGGAAACACACCCCUCCCCCCACUGAAAGUAGCAUCCCAUCGCCGCUCUCAGAAGUGGUCCAUUUCAGUGGUGACAUUCAAUUUUUUUUCUCUCUACCGGUUCUUUGGGCGUGGCUUGGUGGUGGCCUUGUGACUUAGUGGGCGUGGCCAACUCGAUGUCACUCAUGCCCACACCCACCCAAUCACAUGACCACCACCAAGCCACGCCCCACAGAACCCGGUAGGAAAAAAUGUGUGCAUGAGUACCAGAAGGGCCCAUAGUGAAUGCUGCGGCAGAGAGAAUCCGAACUUUUCUCCCUCCGUUCACAGCAGAGCUGCUGCUCCCUUUACGGUUCCCCUCCCCCACUUGGCCCCCUCCCUCCCGGGGGUCGAAAUACCUUAUAGGGACAGGCUGCUGCAGCAGCUCCAUUGUGAAUGGAGAAAAGUUCGGAGUCUCUGCUGCAGCAUUUAAUGUUGAGCGGGCAACCGGGCGGGCAUGGGCAGGGCCAACCAAGGAUGAUUUUUGCCGAUUUAGCGAACUGAUUCAAAUCGUUCCUAUCGGUUUGUCCGAACCGGCCUGAGCCGGUCAAAUUUCACCCUUGGUCCAUUUAUCUUCUGGGGGAAGUAAACAAGCAAUAAUGGAUUGGUUUUUUUUUAAGGGGUCUUGCCCCACCUGGCUUCCAGAGCGCUAAAGGCACGGCAGGAUCCACGUGGGAUAUCACUGGCCGAGUCCCCACACACACACACACCCCUAACCCGGAAGACCCAUGACACGCUCACACCUGGUAGCAAUACAAAUGUAGACCUGUACACACACACAAACACACACACACCUUGUAUAUGGAAUAACAAUAGCGACUGAACAUCGGCGUCCACUCGCCGUCGAUGGCAGCGUAUCUUUAACCUUUAUUUAUUUGUUUCUAAUUUAUAUGUAUGAUAUCUAUAAUAUAUGUACACAAAUAUAUAUAUAUAUAUAUAUAAAAUUAUUUUGUUUAAAUUUGUAUGGGUGUGUAACUAGAAGAAAUGGAGAAAUGAAGACGGAGUCCCUCCGUCUGAAUCUUUUUAUAGCACAAAUAUGUUUUGACACGUUUUGAUCCUUUUAGGGUACAACGGCCUCCAUCUACCCCCCCUCCCCGCCCCCCCUCCCUUUUUAAAAAAGUAAAAUUAAAUAGCGGGAUCGGAAGUACAAGCUGUGCUGCCUCCUACUAGAAAUCAGGAUCGGUGCACAAAAAUUGUCCGGCGGAUUUGUGGUCAAAGGGUGACCGAUUGUAGAUUUGUUGGGUCUUGUUUGAAUCAAAAAAAAAGACAGAGCAGAUUUGGUAGGCCAAAUUUCUACAGCAGCCAGUUCUCGUGUAUGGACUUCAACUCCCAGAAUUCCGCCCCCCCCCCAGCUGGGGAAUUCUGGGAGUUGAAGUCCACACCUCUAGUUGAGAAAUGCUGUAGUAGAGGAAAAAAAUUCAUUUCUAAGCUCCCUGACUUGGUGUUCUCUGAAUGCGUUGGGGGUUUCCCGGCCUGAACAGGGCCUCUGGUGGCUCAGAUUGCUAAAACAGUCUGUUAUUAACACAGCUGCCUGCAAUUACUGCAGGUUCAAGUCCCACCAGGCCCAAGGUUGACUCAGCCUUCCAUCCUUUAUAAGGUAGGUAAAAUGAGGACCCAGAUUGUUUGGGGGGCAAUAAAAGUUGACUUUGUAUAUAAUAUACAAAUGGAUGAAGACUAUUGCUUGACAUAGUGUAAGCCGCCCUGAGUCUUCAGAGAAGGGCGGGGUAUAAAUGCAAAUUAAAAAAAACAAACAACGGAACCUGUAGACACAACACAUCUGGAAAACAUCGGUUUGAGGAUUGUGUCAGAUUCCUGAAGGCCUUUAUGGAGUUGAGGCUGGAGUUUUUCCAAGCCAGGGGUUUGCUUGAACAUCUGUUGCGCAUUGGCAUGCAUGAGUGGUGCCAGGGAAGGAAAUAGCUGGAAAAAGCAAGUUGUUUGAAUGGUUUUACCAAACAGUUCUACCUGCAACAGCAAAAAAAAAGAUAAAACAGGAGAAAAUGAUUGUAAAAGUUGCUUAAAUUUAUCACUGAGUCAACAGGGAUGUUCUCCUGGGAUGUUUUUCUCCUUUAAAAAAAGAGAAAAGGCAGGAAAGGAAAUAAAUUCCUGAGAGGGGGGUAAGAAUGAAGAAUGAUGGCACAAAAGGAAUUUUCCUGAUACAUUUGAACACUGGCCAUGCCAAAUGUCUCAGGCAGGGUUUUUAAUUUCAGGAAGAAAUAAUUUCUUUAGUUUCUUUACAGCUCAUGUUUCCUGAUUUAAAAAAUGCAGCCUUGUUGUAGGUGCUCCAUCGCUGGAGGGUUUUAAGAAGAGACUGGGCAGCCGUUUGUCUGGAAUGGUCUAGGGUUUCCUGCUUGGGAAGGGGGUUGGACUAGAAGACCUCCCAAGGUCCCUUUCAACUGUUAAUUCUGCCUACAGACAGUUUUUACUUCAAGGCAGUUUAGAAAACUUACAGAAUAAAUUAAAAUCACUGGAGGUUUUUUAUUUUUUAAGGAGAGAUCGGACAGGCCUUUUGUCCAGAAUAGUAUAGGAUUCUCCUGCGUGAGCAGGGGGUUGGACUAAAAGACCUCUAAGGUCCCUUCCAACUCUGAGGUUCUAUUACUCUGUUAUUCUGCUCGUCUGUUUUAUUCUGUAUUCCGUAAAACAACAGCACCCAAUCUUUCUUUUAACCCCGAGUUUUUCAACCUUGGGAACUUUUAACAAGUUUGGACUUUCAAUGCCCGACAUUGGCUAGGGAAUUUGGAGAGUUGAAGGCCCCGAUAAUCUUUUUAAAAGUUGUCGAAGUUGAGAAACCACGGGGUUAACCAAUUUGUCCAGAGGUUAUUAUGGGAUAGGAAACUACCCAUUGCAGAAACUAUGGAUUUGGUCAUUGUGUCUUCAGGUGUUCUGUUCUGUGUCCAAUGCGGGACAUUUUGUUGCAACGGCUUUCAAUAGACAAUACAGCAUGUCCUGGCGGAGGGACAUGCAUCGGACAUUCAAAAAAAUUCAAGCCACGUUGCGAUGAUCUGCUCUUCCACAGGUUCACCUGGGUAUCUCCAGCAUCCCCUCCACAAAUCUUCCAAAAAUCGGAGCCACAAACUGUAGCAUAUAUAUAUAUUAUUUUUUCUUCCUGAUCUUAUAUUGUAAAAAAUCUGAGCUGAUGUAAUGUUUUCCUGUCUCUUUUCUCUCAGUUCAGCUUUAAUUGUGUUAACAAUAAAAGAUACGAGGUU